AGCCCUGCCACCCAGCACUGCUUCCCGGACCGUCAGAGCUUCAGGUGGUUUCACUUUCGAGUCUCCACUGAUCGGCGCAACCCUCAGAACCAGACGGACGAUAGAAGGAAGAAGACUAGCGAGAGGCUACUGCUUGGAGACAACAGGGACACGCUAAGAUGGUUUCAGCGUGGCUUGGAAUUCUGGCCAUUGGUCUAUUGGCAUUGAUGACCGAUGCGCUGUCCACGACAUUGAUGGAAGAUGUCCAACGAGCUGAUCAAGCCCUACGACCUAAGGUGAAACGCGCUCAAGAACUGCUUAUGUUCGGAAACCAGCAGAAUCGUCAAGCUGAAAAUGCACCGGGUAACUUGUUCUCACCGACAGCUGAAAAACGAACAAUCGGAUCUUCGGGGCUGGAAGAAAUAAAGAGCGCUUUCCCUGCAACGGAGAAGUUUAGCCGUACAAAACCAUUAGCGAGUGCGAUGCACGAGGCAUACCAGGAGAAACAUUUACCCACCUACUACAAGGGUUAUCAGUACGGAAAGAUACUUGACAACCAGCUGGAAGAUAACCCGCGUAACUGGUUGGAAGAUAACACACGCACCUGGGACGUUUCUGCGUAUCCCCGAUAUUACAGCGUCGGUGAUGACCGUCGCAAAAGAUCCGACGGCGGCUUCUCAUCCACACCUGCAUCGACACACGCUCCCAUGCAGUCGACUUCGUCCCCCCCAGCAACCGAAAUGCCCCAGCAGCCCGUCGCUCAGGCGAAACGAAGCCUUCCGUUGUACCAGGAAUCUCGCUACAAGCGGGAACUAGACCCUCAGGAUGUUCUGGCACUUCUGUCACUUUGGGAAGCUGAGCGUCGCGAAGGAAACUGGCCCGCGUAUGAUACUGACGAGUACGAAAAUGGGGACGACGAAAACAGCAUCGUAGACGUUGACGAGGAAGAUCCUAGGAAUGGCGCUGCUUGGUUAGAGGGGCCUAUCUAUUCGCCGCGGCACUUUAGCGUAGGAAACGAUGCCCUCGCAUCUUCUGAUAUUGGAAUUCCCCGGUCACGGCCUGCAAACUAUUAUGACCGAUACGGCAAUCAGUUCGGUCAACAGUACGGCGGUGCUCUAUACGGUACACCUCAGUACGGAACUGGUUACACUCGGAACGAUUACAACCCGGACAAGAGAUUUAUGGUUUCCAAGAGGAGGUCGCAGGCCUACAGACCUUACGAUGGAAGGAAAGCCAUGGUCAACCUUGCCGAACUCUUGAGAGCGCUUCCGCAAAAUUAUGGCAGCUACCCAAAUGACAGAGCUGAAUCAAGCUACUACCACCGCAUUAAUUUGUAAUUUUAUCCGAACGAUACGAUGAACCAUCGAAACGAACCGAUGAUUUCAGGUUCGUUUGUCCGAAAAGAAAUCAUUUGUCUUGGUAUCAGGUAAACGUCUGCAAUUAACACAUUGUGAAUAAAGUUUUCUGUUUCAAGCAUCUAAAUCUUGUGUAGGUACCUAUAUUACCUGUAUAUAUACAACGCGAUAUAGUUACGUACGUAUCGAUUCUUUCAUCCAUGGUACUUACUGUUAUAACACAAUAAAGCUUAUCCAUGUGAGAAAUUCGCGUUCUACGGCUUUUGAGUAACAGGGGACUUGUCAAUAAUGUUUUCAGCUUUUGAAAGUGAACUGAGAAACGGAUCAACGCAUUACAAUGCAAUGAUUUAUUACUUAUGCAUUGUACACAAAUCCAGUCUGCUUGUAAUGAUCUUUAUUUAGUUCAUUCCUGACAUCACAUUUAUUGAACUGGUCGUUUAAAUUUAUUUUAUUUUAAUCUUAGCUAAAGUGAAGAUGUCUUUUUUUCGAAAUCAAUAUGACAGGUACGGUUCUUUACUGAAAUCGUGGUAAAGAAAAAAAAGAUGCAAAACCGCCUUGCUUCUGUUCAAAGUAACGCAACUAACAUAUCUAAUUACCAAAUCACCGUGCUACCACACCUUCGAAACCAUGGAACUGAAAGUUUGUAUUAUAAAUACCAAAUUUGUGGAAACUGUUUACACAUGCAAGACUAUAAUAUCUACUAAUUAAUAUAACGAGAUUAACGUAUAUUUAAUCCCUGACUGUGUCGUUGUGAUCUAUGGUUAACCGAAGAUCAUCUGAAUUCUUCGACAUGCAAAGUCUUCCGAUGACCAAUUACAAUUCCUGACAAUUGAUUGAUCGAAUACCGGGAUGUUUGGAAUAAUUCUAGCAUCAUGAAGUUUCGCAUUAUUCACUGGAUGCUCUGUGUUUUGCAUUAGAAAAUAUUUUUUUCUGAAUAAUAGUUUAACUAUAACGCCAGAGCUAAUGAAAUGUGAUUUUGAACAUUGAAAAACGCGAUAGGAUAUCAGAUGAACACAUGGCAUGUGUGAAACAAAUUUUGUAACUUUCAUUUCACAUGCUUUGGCGUUUUGCGAAAUGGACUCGAACUCACAGCUGAGAUUUUGGUCCGUUGGAUUUUAUCCUCCUUUUCGGACUCUAUUGCUAAUUCGCAUACAUAAAUGGUAGGAAGGGUAAUCUGCAAAGCGUUACUCUCUAGAUUCUCCAGUUAACCAUAGGCUAACUAAGAUUGUAUUAGUAUAGUGUACUUAAAGUAUGUUUCAAUAUGUUUCACCUGACUGCGUUUAUAGUAUUUAUGUCAAAUGAAAUUUUUUUCUAAUGCUGGAAUUGGAACCACAUUGCAGGAAGAUUACGCAAUUUUUGCAAUCAAUUACGUUUUAAUAAAUGUGCUUAUAGCUAUGUGACAUAACGAUUCAUCAAUUACAUACAUAACUUAUCAAUUAUACGGAAUUUUCUACAUUCACAGAAGGAUUUGAUCCGAAUUCAAACCCCAAAUCUCGUCUCAGCUAGCGAAACUAAUUAUUUCAAUCAAUGGAUGAUAAUAUCAUGAGCUUACUUCACUGAUUAUAUAAAUCAUUCAAACGAUAAUUUUUGCUAAAUGAAUUAGUCUUUGAAUUUAUUGAAAUUCUUGUAACCACUGUGCAAACCUGAAACAUGUAUAAUGAGAUAGAAAUGCUCGUUAAAUUUAACUCCAACUUGUUCUGCGCGACAGCGACCGAGUUAUGUUUCGUUGCAUAGUCAAGCAUUUAUUCGAUCGAAAAUGUCAAGACACUAACCGUAUACGAAGGGCUUAUUUUAAGCGUACCCUUUGGAUCCUAUUGUAAUUUGUAUAAACUAUAAUAUUGUCAAUACUAUUGUAUGUGUCUAUAAGUGGUAUGACAAAUUUUCAAAUGAUACGACAGAUUUAUUGCGUCCUAAAAGCGAAAUGCGGUGACCGUAAUUCAAGGUGCUAUAUGCAUUGUGAUGUCAUGAAGAGUAUCGAGAUAACUUUGAUAGUUUGAAUAUGAUCAGAGGGCAAGGGUAACGUAAAAUAUUGCAGUCAAAUUGAGAGGAGAAAAAAUAAGUAAAAUAAAAGGUUCAAACUAAUCUGUCCCUCUUCGUUGGAUGAUGUAAAAUCAAUCACCAAUCGAAUUCGAUUGAGGGCAUGGAUGGAAAAGAGAGCCUAAGUCGAUUUCGACCUUUUUCCAAUGAUCUCAAUGCUUGACACAAAGCAGGUAUGUAUAUAGAACAAGCUCUGAAAUCGGAUUAGGCUCCUUUGAAAAAAAUCUAUUCAAAUGCCAUCAAGCUCAUGGCAUUUAAAUGUGUAUUUUACGGGAUUGUAAGCGGUGGGUAUGUCUCGUAUCGGAAGAACGUCACGCGAUUUUGAAACGAUUGACAACUGACAUUUAUUUUGCAAAUCUAAUU